UGUUCUCGUUGGCGGCACACCGGGGCAACAGGGAAGCGGCUGCGGUAACUAGGCUGUCAGCUGUGACUGUGAAUCGUGCACAUGGGACUAAUGAAGAAAUUUUAAAGUACUUACUUCAAAAUUGGGCAGCGUUUGUUGAACAUUUUCACAUUUUACUGCGGUUCCAGCGUAAAAUAUGCCUGCUUUCAGGCAAGUGGGGGAGAAGCAGCUCCCUAACCCUGUGCUGUGUAUGGCAUGGUCUCCCAAAAGGGAUCUUAUUGCUCUGGCCAACACUACUGGAGAACUGCUGCUGCAUCGCUUGGCCAACUUCCAGCGGGUUUGGAGCUUGCCACCCAAUGAGUACACUGGGAAGGAGAUCACUGCCAUUGCAUGGAGACCUGAUGGCAAAAUCUUGGCCUUCAGUGUUGGAGACACCAAGCAGGUGGUGCUGUGUGAUGUGGAGAAGGCAGAGAUCCUGCACCUGUUUCCAGUGCAGCACCCGAUAUCUUGCAUGCACUGGAUGGAAGUGAUAGAAGAGAGCAGCACCCUCAGCUCCUUCUACAACUCUGAAGAUGAAUCCAAACUUUUUCUUCCCAAAUUACCAACACUUCCUAAAAGCUAUAGCACAACAUCAAAGAUAUUCAGUGAGGAAAAGUCUGAUGAGAUCAUGAAUCUCCUGGGAGAAGUCAGACUAAACAUACUUGUUCUUGGAGGAGGUGCUGGUUUCGUAGAGCUGUACGCCUACGGGAUGUACAAGAUUGCAACUUUAAAUGGAGUUCCUGGGACGUGUCGUAGCCUGAGUCUGUCCAGUGAUCUCAAGUCGCUGUCUGUCAUCACAGAGGUCAGAUCUGUUGACAACAACCCAGAGAUCUGCUACCUUCAGCUGGACACAGGCUUGUUGUCUGACUGCCUGCCUGAGGUCACCAGGAUGGCUCGCAAGUUCACCCACAUCUCCACGCUGCUGCAGUACCUGCGCCUCUCGCUCACAUGCAUGUGUGAGGCCUGGGAGGACAUCCUCAUGCAGAUGGAUCUGCGGCUCACUAAAUUUGUUCAGGAAAAGAAUACAAGCACUCAAGUUCAAGAUGAGUUUUUGGAGCUUCUGCUUUGGGGGCAAUCAAGCCCUGAACUGCAGGCUCUUCUCAUGAACCAGCUGACUGUCAAGGGUCUUAAGAAGCUUGGCCAGUCCAUAGAGUCCUCUUACUCCAGCAUCCAGAAGCUUGUCAUCAGCCACUUGCAGAGUGGCUCAGAGGCGCUCUUGUACCACCUCAGCGAGGUGAAGGGGAUGUCUCUAUGGAAACAAAAGUUUCAGCCCUUGGGUCUUGACUCAGCAGCUAUAGAAGAUGCCAUCACAGCCGUGGGUUCCUUUUCUCUGAAAGCCAAUGAACUUCUGCAAGUGAUUGACAAGAGUAUGAAGAACUUCAAGGCCUUUUUUCGGUGGCUGUAUGUAGCUAUGCUAAGAAUGUGUGAGGAGCAUGUACCGCCAGAACUUAAUAAGAUGACACAGAAGGACAUUGCAUUUGUGGCCGAUUUCCUGUCUGAGCAUUUCAGUGAGAAUGAAGAGCUCUUUGAUCGUAAAGGGAAGUACUUCAAUGUAGAACGAGUUGGUCAGUAUCUGAAGGAUGAGGAUGAGGACCUUGUGUCUCCACCCAACACCAAGGGAAACCAGUGGCUCAGGUUUUUACAGGAGAGCUCACACCUGAAAGAGAGCCCCUUGCUGUUCCCCUCAUACCCCCAAAAGUCAUUGCACUUUGUCAAGAGGAUGAUGGAAGGUGUGAUUGAGUCAUGUCUGCAGAAACCGGCAGAAGUGAUCGGGAAGUCUGUGAAACAGGCUGUGUUCUUGUCCCUGUACACUGUACCAGAGAGCUCUGAAAACACACCUCGACUGUUUGAACUUCCAUCUUUGUGGAAUGACAAGAAGACCAAUAUGCACUAUGUUGUGUUCUGCAUGCCAGAGGUUUCACCCUCCAAGCUCUACUUAUUACGGAAGGGCACAGACCCCUACAGGCAAAUCCCCAACAGCCUCAUGUCGAUUGACCUGAGUGCAGUUCUCAGCCACCAUCUUGAGAAUGAAGAUGAUGGAAAUGCGAGAGUCCGGCCUGAUUUUGUAUGCAGUUGCCUGGAUGCUCGUUUCUAUGACGACGAAAUUUUAACUGUGGUGUUGGACGUGCCGGAGGAGUACAGGGGCCGUGUCCUGGCUCAGCUCCCGCUCGGCUCCGCCCUCAGCUGUGAGACCGAGUUCAACUGGGACCCGAGUCUCAGGUUGGACCAGCAGAGCGAUGCCAUCCCCUGCCAAGGCCUGGUGUUGGGGAACCAGUUGCGGGACCUGGAGAACAUGAAGGCUCAGUUUGUAGCUGUCAACGGAAUCCGCAAAGUGGCCUGUGUGCUGAGUGCCAAUCUGAGGCACGUCCGUGUUUUUGAGAUGGACGUGGAAGAUGAGGAGGAUGAGGAAGGAGAGUCGCAGAAUGCCAGUGCUGACCAGGAUGGGCUUGAAACGACAGGGGAAGGGGAGCAGGAGGCUGAAGAUGAAGCUGAGGAGCAUGGAGGGGAAGUGUACCAAAAGACAGAGGACCAUCUGGAGUCAGAGGAGGCACUGGAACUCUCUUAAUUUGCUAAUCAGACCAGGACAAGAGGGUCCAUCUCUGGUUUAACACACACUAAAACAGGACUUCAGUCUACCCUUUGCUUGUUACAAAAAAAUGUCUGCAUAUACAGGUUUGAAAAAAGCAUUUGUUUGGAAAUAAAGUUAUUUUAAUAUGA